AUGUUGUUUGGAGACACUGACCCUGAUUAUGAAAUUCAAGAAAAGCAAAAUAAAUCCAACCAUGGGGACGACUUGGCAGAUUUGCCACAGCCCUGGGGGUUCCCAGCUCGUGAGUUCCUGCGGAAGAAGCUGAUCGGGAAGGAGGUCUGCUUUACCGUGGAGUACAAGACUCCGCAAGGCCGGGAGUACGGGAUGGUGUACUUGGGGAAAGACACGAGUGGCGAGAACAUUGCUGAGUCCCUCGUGGCCGAAGGGCUGGCCUCCCGCCGGGAAGGGAUCCGAGCCAACAACCCUGAGCAGAGCAGGCUGGCGGAGCUGGAGGAGCAGGCCAAGAGUGCCAAGAAGGGGAUGUGGAGUGAGGGGACGGGCUCUCACACCAUCCGGGAUCUCAAGUACACGAUCGAAAACCCCCGGCACUUCGUGGACUCCAUGCACCAGAAGCCAGUCAACGCCAUCAUAGAGCACGUCCGGGACGGCAGCGUGGUGAGAGCCCUUCUCCUCCCCGAUUACUACCUGGUCACCGUCAUGCUCUCGGGGAUCAAGUGCCCCACAUUCAAGCGGGAGGCAGAUGCCCCCGAAGUCCCCGAGCCGUUUGCAGCCGAAGCGAAGUUCUUCACGGAGUCACGGCUGCUGCAGAGGGACGUGCAGAUUGUCUUGGAGAGCUGCCACAACCAGAACAUCCUGGGCACCAUCCUGCACCCGAAUGGGAACAUCACCGAGCUCUUGCUGAAGGAGGGCUUUGCCCGCUGCGUGGACUGGUCCAUCGCCGUCUACACCCGCGGCGCUGACAAGCUGCGUGCAGCCGAAAGGUUCGCCAAGGAGCGCAAGCUGAGGAUCUGGAGGGACUAUGUGGCCCCCACAGCAAACCUGGAUCAGAAGGACAAGCAGUUUGUAGCCAAGGUGAUGCAGGUGCUGAACGCAGACGCCAUCGUGGUGAAGCUGAACUCUGGGGACCACAAAACCAUUCACCUGUCCAGCAUCCGACCCCCCCGGCUGGAGGGGGACAGCACGCAGGACAAGAACAGGAAGCUGAGGCCCCUCUACGACAUUCCCUACAUGUUCGAGGCCCGGGAGUUCCUGCGCAAGAAGCUCAUCGGGAAGAAGGUGAACGUGACGGUGGACUACAUCCGACCGGCCAGCAGCGCCACCGAGACCGUGCCUGCCUUCUCCGAGCGCACGUGUGCCACCGUCUCCAUUGGAGGAAU